UCAAUCAUCAGUUUUUCUCCUUCAAAAUCAUUUCUGAUCUUCACUGCUUCUUCCAUUUCUUCUCCACCAUCAAUUUUCUUCUCUCUUUAAUCUGUGUUUUCUUUUCACAAUAACUAAAGCUUGAAGAAGAUGAAACUGGUCCACUGCUUCUCCACUCUACUCGUUACUCUCUUACUGAGUUUUGAUCAGAUAUCGGCGAAAUGCAAAACGGUGACGGUUGAUCAAUCCGGCCGUGGAGAUUUUUCCACUAUUCAAUCUGCUAUAAACUCGGUUCCAUCGAACAAUGAGUUCUGGUAUUGCAUCAAUGUUCGUCCUGGUACUUACAGGGAGAAGGUGAAAAUCCCAGAUGAUAAGCCAUACAUCGUCCUCAAAGGUUCAGGCCAAAGGAAAACCAUGGUGGUCUGGAAUGAACCCUAUCUGCAAUCCCCAACUUUCAGUUCUUCAGCUGAUAACACCAUUGUCAAGUCCAUGAGUUUCGUGAAUUCAUACAACGGUCCGAACAGCAAAAACAGUAGGGUUCCGGCCGUGGCCGCCAUGGUUGACGGCGACAAGAGUUUCUUUUUCCGGUGCGGAUUUUCGGGUGUUCAAGAUACUUUGUGGGAUGCUAACGGCCGUCAUUACUUCAAGAAAUGCCACAUCGAAGGUGCCGUGGACUUCAUUUUCGGUAACGCCCAAUCUCUCUAUGAGGAUUGUUCUAUACGUUUUCUCGGGGAGAUGUUGGAGCCAGGGCUUGCCGGUUUCAUCACGGCGCAAGGGAGAAACAACCCGUACGAGUCGAAUGGAUUCGUUUUCAAGAACUGUGACAUCUACGGUAAAGGGACGACCUUCUUAGGAAGACCCUGGAGAGAUUUCUCCAGGGUCCUUUUUUAUAAUUGUAAAUUUUCCGAUGUCGUCCACCCUAGUGGUUGGGAUGCUUGGAACUGCGUCGGCAAAGAGGAACACUUGACUUUUGCCGAGUACAAAAACUACGGACCCGGGGCAGACACAUCCAAGAGGGUGAAGUGGGUGAAGAAGCUCGACGCCGGAACGGUGGUGAAGCUAACCAGUAUGUCAUUCGUCGACGACGACGGGUGGUUCCAAAGCAUGCCUACUUAGUGUUUUUAGAGUUUCUUUUGUGAUGGAUUAUUUUUCAUUGUUUCUCUCAUUAAAACUGU